GAUAUCUAACAUGUAGUCAGCUUAAAUCACUUCUGCUCAGGAUAUUAGAGUCGGGGUUUUUUGUCCCCUGGGAAAUGGAGUUAGAAAAUCGUGAAAGAAAAGUUUCAGGAAGAGGAGCCUUAGAGGAAAAGCAAACGGUCACCUCUCAAGAUUCUGGAACCAAACCACUGACCUUCACAUUCAUACCGUCCAUUGGAAGACUUCCAACUCAUUUUGAGGUUGUAGAUGUCUCUAAGUUCCUUGUGACAAUUCCAGAGGAUCCAAAGGAUCUGAGCAAUCAAGAAAUUAUAAAUAAGUCUAAUGCAGUCUCUGACGAGCUGGCCUUAAAAGGAGGGGCCAAACAAGACUGCGUGUCCACCAUCCGUACAGACAGCACCCGAACAUCUUUCCAGUCCCUGGGGAGUAACUUGAGCAAAGGAGAAAUGCAGGAGAAUGACCUUUUUAAGGCUGAGUUUAUCCUGAUUACGGACUCCGGUGACGAAGAUGAAGUAGCCGCUACCUCCAACAACAUUCAUCGGCCUUCCAAUGGCUAUGGUCCCAUCAGUGCUCAGCUGCUGGCCAUGUCCCAUGUUUCCCCUGGCACCGGGGCAGGGAAACCUCCUGGUGAUGGGCACGUUCCAGGUGCUAUGCGUUCCCACAGCACUGGUGAUCCACAAAAACAUCAGGCAUUAGAAGAGCCAACCAAGACUGCUAGCGUGACUGAAGGCACUGCUUUGGACACCCAUUCAGAGAUGUGCUCCCCUGCCCACCUCAGACAACAAACAGAAGAGCUGUGUGCUGUCAUUGACCAAGUCCUGCAGGACCCAUUGACUAUGCGUCGAUGUGAGUCUUCUCCAAGUUUCCUGCAGAUGAGCACGGAGUCAGAUGUCGGCAAGGUGUCAACAACACUGCAGAGAGUAGCCGGGCGUGAAACCAGAUAUGCCAACCUUUACAAAUCGGCACCUAUGGUAACAGAGAGUCAGAUGCCCAGUCAUCCCAUAGUGCCUAUUCCGGAAAAUGAAACACUCAGCUCUAAGGAGGUUGCCAAUGAAAGAGGUUCUGUUUAGCUAUGAUG